GUCUACGUCUAUAUCGACGACAUCAUCAUCGUUAACAAGAAUAUAGAGGAGCACCUUAAGUAUAUCGAGAUAGUUCUCGACAUCCUCGACAAGGCGUGCGUUUAUAUCUCGGUAGAAAAAUCCUUUGUAGCCUACCUAUCAGUGAGACUUCUUAGCUAUAUGGUUAAUGGCGAAGGAGUGGCUAAGAUAGACGAUAGGAUCGCCGUAUUUAAGAAACUUAAGUUCCUCGAUACCCUCGAGACCUUAGAGUAG